CGUCUUGAUGCACUAACUCAUAAUCAUUUGACACGUAGAUAAUCUAAGUCAUUAUCACCAUCAAUUAUUUAAUGUUAUUAAAGCAUUUCAUCUUCCUUUGUUUUUUGAGAUCGUUCUUCUUCUUCUCUUACAAUCCUCCGUGACUCUCUCUCACUGAGUAUUUGAACGCACAUUGAAUAUGGCUGAGGCUGCACAAUCUAAUGCUGAGCUGUUGGAAUGGCCAAAGAAAGAUAAGCGCCGCUUCCUGCAUGCUGUUUACCGUGUUGGUGAUCUUGAACGCACCAUUAAGUUUUAUACUGAAGCUUUUGGAAUGAAGCUUUUGAGGAAAAGAGAUGUUCCGGAAGAGAAAUAUGCCAAUGCUUUUCUUGGAUUUGGCUCUGAACAAACUAAUUUUGUUGUGGAAUUAACUUAUAAUUAUGGAGUGUCCUCGUACGAUAUUGGAACUGGCUUUGGACAUUUUGCUAUCGCAACUCCAGAUGUCUACAAAUUUGUUGAAAACGCCCGGGCUAAGGGUGGAAAUGUCACUAGGGAGCCUGGUCCAGUUAGUGGUGGGUCAACUAUUAUGGCCUUUGUAAAGGAUCCUGAUGGUUAUGCUUUUGAAAUUCUCCAAAGAGCUUCAACCCCUGAGCCAUUAUGCCAAGUGAUGCUCCGUGUUGGUGACUUAGACCGCUCAAUUGCCUUUUAUGAAAAGACUUUGGGUUUGAAGCUGGUGAGGAAGGUUGAUAGACCUCAAUACACGUACACUUUAGCUAUGCUUGGGUAUGCAGAGGAGUACGAGACAGUUGUGUUGGAGCUGACAUAUAACUAUGGUGUCACUGAAUACACCAAGGGAAAUGGUUAUGCACAGGUUGCUAUUGGCACUGAUGAUGUAUACAAGAGUGCUGAGGUAGUCAACAUAGUAACUCAAGAGCUUGGAGGGAAGAUUACCAGGGAACCAGGGCCAAUUCCUGGCCUUAACACAAAGAUCACUUCUUUCUUGGAUCCAGAUGGAUGGAAAACAGUGUUGGUUGACAAUCAAGAUUUUCUGAAGGAGCUGGAGUGAAGAGUUCUGGCUUUUCACGAAUAAUAAGAGUCUUGAUGUUAUGUUAUGAAAAUAAGUUGUCCGUCUUUAUGAUUGAAUAUCAGCAUGUAUGUUAUCAGUAAACAGGAUGAUGGUAUUUGGUUUGGCUUUUAUGACGUGACUCUGUUCAAACUUUGAA